AUGGCUCUCCGGUUUGAGGUAUGGAGAGCUCCUUUUUCACGUCCUGGUGCAUUCAAAUUCGGUGACGUUGCUGCCGUUCUCAUAGCCUGGAUUGGUUUUAUGGCAACUUCCCUCUCCCUUAUGAAACGCCAGUAGCCAGUAGUUGAACAAUAAAAUUGAGAGGGUACAAUGUAUGAUGGAACAGGAGCACUGCGAAAAAUCGAAAGUGAUGACAAUACUAAACAAUCUCCAGAACAGGUAGAAAGAUGAAUAAGUUCUUUUUCGCUUUGCAUUGUUGGCAAUCUCAGAACAGUAAGAAAAACUGCCUUGGACAGUGAUGUGUUCUCUCCUUCGUUGCCUAAUUUGUGAAGUUUAGGAUUGUCCAAUGCACACCACAAUUUGGAUUUCCCUGGGCUUUAAAAAUGCCCAGGUGAAGAAAGUUGUGUCUUUAUCCGUCUCUUUGGUGGAAUACCUUUAUUGCGAGUUAGGCAUCUUCUCACUUGAGUGAUCAUUUUUAUUAAGAAAUUUAAAUUGUUAUGCAUGCUUGAUUUUAUUUUGCAUGUUCUCUUCCUAUAUUUAUUGUAAAAUACAACUAUGUGUACUGAUCAUGAGCUUAGUUGAGUAUUUUGUCUCAGAAGCUACUUGAAGAUGAAAGGAGGAAUUGGUCAGACUUUUAUCAAUGUGUUCUUUUUUCUUCAACGUAUUUUUUGACUCAAAAAGGGCUAUUCACAAUUUAUUUUUUAGACCUAGAUAUAUUUUUUUAAGUAGUUACUUAAGACGAAGAUAUUUUGAUUCUGGGGCACAGGAUAUUUUCCAACUCCGAGGUUAUAAAAUCCCUUUCAACAUACCCCAGAUUAACUAAAAUUUAUCAGUGAUCAGUUAUCAUUUAGACAUUUUUGUCAAAGAUAAGCUCUAACCAUGUUCCAUAAGUUUUCCGCAAUACCAUGUAAAUUGGACCGAUUAUAUUAAUCUGAAAAGUAAGCUUUUUUUUCAUUUUGCCUUUUCCCUUUUAUGUGUUGUCUUUUUUCUUGGAUAAUUCCUUCUGUUAAUGUGGGUUUUUUUCACAUGAAACCUGAUAGGUUUCACAUUCACGGGUUCCUAAAUAGAUUAAUGGUCUUCCUGGCAGGUAAUAGGGAGGUUUAAUCGUGCUCGAGCUGCUCAAUUGACACUUCCACACUAUAUUUGUCAAACACCAUUGUUUAUGCCUGUUGGUACACAAGGUCUACAAUUAUCUUUUCUUGCUCUUCUAAUGUUUAUGCAUGUUAUCCUCUCACCAUCAUUUUGACAUGUUAGGCACUAUAAGUAAAGCCUCUGCUUCUACUCUAUAAGAUAAAAAUCAUGAGUAUUUGACUUUUUUAAUUUGUUGUAGUUUCUAUCAUUUUUAAUCCUGAAGUCUUUCAAGGACUAUGUAGGUCAUAUAAAUCAUGAUCUUUCCUCAUAGUUUUGUCAACAAGUUUAUGAUUCAUCUAGGUAUCCUUUUUUCCUUAAUUUAGUAGCGAUUUAAUCAAUAUAAAUUCUAUUUGUGAGAUACUUAUUCUAUAGAAGAAGGUGCUCCAGCUGCCUUUGUCAUUGCUGCAGAAGGAGAGUCAAUGGGGUGGUGAAACACCACUUAUAAUGCUGUGCACCAUGGAAGUCAAAUUGUUGGAAAAAGGAAGGGGAACCGUUUAAGGUUCCCACUUCUCAAACAUAAGCUACAUUAGUGUUAGGCAUCUAGGCUAUUGAAAUGCGUAAAUUGCCCCUAAAAGACGAGUAUUGCUUGGGACAUUAUUAUAUUUUAAACAAUUCCAAUGAUUUCAUCGAUGUUAAUUAAUAAAAGAAUGAUAUAAGUGUUAGUAUAUCCCCACAUAAUUGUAAUAUCUAGGGCUUUUUGAAUUCUCCCUCAAGAUAUUGGGUCAAAAGAGGGAUGGAGGGAGGGAAGGAGUGAGGAACAACUCCAAAAAAAAGUUGAGACUCAAGUCUGUUCCAAAACUACUUAGGUGCAGCCGUUUCCAAAAUGCCAUGUUUGAUCCACUAUGAAGAAGCCUCAGUAUAAGACAGGUUCGUCCAGUUCAAGUAAUGUAAGUUCAGUUUCUAUAUCCAGCAGCCAAUGAAAGAAUGAUAAAACUAAAAAUCAUGAGGACAUUGUGUCCCAUGGCUAACCCAUUUAGCCCCUAUAUGGAUUUUAUGUAGACCUUGUGAUUGUUCGCAUUCUGGACAUCAUGCAGUCUUUGUGCCAAGUGAUAAAAGUAACUAAUUGUCGUUUAUACACCAUUUUCAGACAUAUUUUAGUCUCUUACUAGCAUGUAAUAUGGCUAUAACGUUUGGUAUAGCAGGCCUCUGCGCCUGGGCAAUGAGGGCCCCCAAUCGCAUGCAUAGUUCAAUGUGCUCAUCAGCACCUGACCUGGAGGUGUGAAUGCUAUUCAGAAAUGUGAAAAAUGGGUAUUUAAAUGUGCUUUUUGUGUUGGUAUCAGGCCAAUGAUCUGAUCAUAUGGAUUCUUAUAAUCUUCGUCUUUCUUGAUUGGUGAUCAACUCUAUAUCUUGGCUUAGCUACAAAUAUGGCUUGUUAUUUACUUAGUUUGCUUAUGGCACAAUCUUCUUGAUUCUGAUUUCAGUAGGUUUUUUUUUCUCCAGGUACAAUAAAAGGUUUGACUUAUAGCCAGCUUGAGGAUAUUGGCUGUCAAAUUAUACUUGGCAACACAUACCAUCUAGCACUCCGUCCCACUGCGGAGUUGAUUGAUGACAUGGGUGGUCUCCACAAAUUUAUGAAUUGGGAUCGGGCUUUGUUAACAGACUCUGGUGGAUUCCAAAUGGUGAUGAAGAUCUUCCUUUCUCUUCUAUGUUUUUCGAUGUAUACUCUACUAUUUACAUUCGCUAGUUCUUCAUCAUUCACGCUUGUAUCUCUCAGGCAAUACUAAUAGAAUGAUUUGCUUUUCUUAGGAUGGGUUUGAUGUAAUAAUUUCGCAAUAACAGUGCCCUUGGUGCUUAGGUGGGUUAUGUUUGUUCCUGUGCUGUGUUGAUAUGCACAUGGUGGCUCGGACAUUCCAUAAGAUCUGGGUGAUACAUCCUCAAACUAUUAGGAAACAAAGUUCUCUUGGUGGGGCAGGAAUUGACCCAUUUUAAAUUGGAUUCGGUGGUUUAAUCUGGCAAUGUGAUUGUUUUAAAAACAGCACAAAAGAAACCUUUAAGGAUGUAUUGGACAUUUUGUGGAGCACUAUUCCUUGAUAUAUCGUAAAACUUGUUAAUUUUCUUAUCUGUAGAUCCAAGAAUAAAAAAUACAGCGACGGUGUCUGCACUAAAUUUUGUAAAUUGUUGAUGUUGUCUGAGUCCUCAUAGUACCCAAAAACUGGAUCCCGCUUUAAUAGCUCCGAGUAAAUCAAAUACAUGCAUUAUGUUAUGAAUGUUUCUCAUCGGACAAGAAUGAAAGCACUUUUUUAUUCUUUCAUAUACCGGAGGAUUUCACUCGGAAAAGAAAAUGUGGGCGUGAAAACCUCAAUGAACUCAUGUGGACACUCCUUAGCCCUUUACAUAUUGAAGUUAUUAUAUGAACAUUAACUUUCUCGUGAUGCUUAUGGAGAAGAUAAAUAUCCUACCAGAGUGCUUUUCACUUUACGUUGCUCUCAUGGUUGGACUAUAUUUUCUUGUAUUCUUCUGAGAUAGCUGUUAACCAAUUAUUCGCAUCCAUCUUUUUGAUGCAACAGGUUUCUUUAUUGCAUUUAGCUGACAUCACCGAGAAGGGUGUGACAUUCCAGGUGAUGUUUUGUAUUUAUUAUGAUGAAUCAUCAUCUGCAUCUUGAAACAUAGACGAAGGGGAUAUGUAGGUCCUGGAAAACAGAUUAAAUUUUCAUUAAAAUUGAUUGUUUUCUAUGCCUGCUAUUAUUUAUACAAUUGCGUCCAUGUAUUCUUCAAAUUUGAUCUGCUAUAUAUAUAUAUAUAUUUGAGUAGUUAAAUUUAUGAACUAAGGACAUAAUACCAUUGUAACUUUAAGACCAAGAAUUUUCUACUGUUAUCCGAAGAAAGAAAAACGUUCUUCAUUUGAAAGAAGCUUAAUUUUGGAGAGUUAUCUGUUGUAUGUCUGUUCGAGCGAUUAGUUUGCAUAUAUUCUCAUUAACGGGCUUACAUGAAACUAGUUGAACGUAGCUUUGUUGAAGCUGAACAUAAUGGAUAUCUUUGCUCAGCAUGAGGGGAAAUGUUAAGAACAUGAGAAUAUUACUGUCUUUGCUUCCAUCUUUAAUCAUUUUUUAUGUUGUUUCCCCUCUGCCCUUGUAAUGGGAGUAUUUUUUUUCAUGCGAUCUCUACUGGGUCUGUCCUAUUUAAACUAGAUUGUUGGGAGCUGAUGCACACAUCUUUUUGGCUCCCUCCUUUUCUUUUGUCUUCUCCUCUCAAGAGUUUUAUUUACCAAAUAGUUUAUCCUUUUUGUACCUUGUUCCAUUCGUCUUCACCUUCAAUUCCAUGCAAAAAGCGUUUCAAUCCAUUUCUUUGCUAGUUAUAGGAGAACUAUUAUUUUAGUGCUGUCUGCAUAUUAUGUCUAAAGCAACAUGAGUCUCAAAUAAUAGGAGCAUUCUACAUGCGUUUUAAACCGUGCAAAUGCGUCUGUUUCAUACAUGUAAAGUAUGCAUUUCGCAUAGGUGUCUAAUCAUCAUUAAUACAUUUUUGAAGCCUUAAAAUGGCAUCAUAAUUGCUUUAGGAUUCUUACAUUCCAUAGAUUGACUAAUCCAAAUUUCAUUGCUAUGUUUUCAGUCACCGGCUGACGGCCAGCCAAUGCUUCUGACUCCUGAAGAAUCAAUUCAAAUCCAGGUAGUCAUAUCCUUUUCACUGUAGUAACUUCGUUUGGAGUCCUUGAAUUGUUUAACUUAAUUGCCAAACUGAAGGUGUCAUUCUCCAUAUUCUCUUCUCCACCGAAAUAUGCAACUAUAAUAUUUUUUUCUGCACCUUGUUAAAUUAUGUAACGGGGACAGCAUUUUUUCGAGAGCAUCUGACGUAACUUAAUUACCUUUUUGGAGAGUUUAACAUAUUGGAAUGGUGAAUUUUAAUACUGUUAUUCAAAUCAUACUGUCUAUGGAGAUCCGUCAUAAGUUUUUUGGGUCUUGAUGAAUUUUGACUAAAAUAUUUGCAGAAUAAAAUCGGUGCUGAUAUAAUCAUGGCCCUUGAUGAUGUCGUGAAAACCACCAUAACGGGUCCACGGGUAGAGGAGGCAAUGUACCGUACCCUUCGUUGGAUUGACAGGUGUAUAGCUGGUGAGAACAUGUUUUUCAUCUGCCUGAUGGUAUUAUUACAAAUAUUCUAUGCUCUAGCUUAUGGCUGUUUUUUCUGGUCUAAUGUAAUCAUCGAACAAGCAGAUACUUCAUUGUAAAGUCUCCUACCAGUUUCUUUGUGCCUAAUGAUGAAACUCAUGAGAUAGCUGAUUUUUUUGAAUUUAUUUGCCAGGCAUCCUUAAUAAAUUGAAGAUGGUCGCCCUGAAGAUAGUUUAAUCGUGUUGUGAAGACCUCACCACACCAAUAGUCUUUGGAAAUUUCCAAGCAUGGUUGGAUCAGUCUUUUACACAGUUGGUGUUCUUUGGUCCAUUAGACAUUGGAGAUUGCUAGGACUUUAUGCUUGCAAAAUCCUGUCCCAGUUGUGCCGCAAACAGAACAUCUGCCUGAUGAUUUAGCUGACGCAUAUCUAGUUUCUCUUCUGUGAUCUCUAACAAAGUAUAAAAUUAUCUUUAUCAAAAAAUAUAUGGCCUGAUCCAUUUUCUGAUUCCAAAAUGUUCUUGUAGACUACAUAAAAAGCCAAUUUAUGCUUGGGAAAUUCCGAAUCAAGGCUGACAUACAACCCUUCAGUGUUACGACCUCUGUAGAUCCAAAUUGGAAAAGAAGAUGGAAAAUGAAAAAAAACCAUAGACUAAACAAAGUGAAUUCAGCCUUCAUUAGAUAAGAAUAUUUGGGUCACUAAACAAGAUCCCUGAAAGAUGAAGAGUGUCGACAUUGUCCUGUCUCGACUAGAAGGAGAACAGGCUGCAUAGGAUGACCAUAUCAUGUAAGUCACACGCUUGACAAAAGGGUGCAAAGAAAAUUAACUUUAAAAGGAAUAGUCAGUAUUAGGUUACCUGUAAGAGUACAAUAUCUCAACUGUUAGUUCUUUAUCACGUCCUUGCUAAGUCUUGAUCUGUCAUAUGCCUUACUGAAGUUAAAAUUCAUCAAUCCAACCCCUGCUACUAAGCUUCGAUGAUAUGAUUGUGCAAUUGAUUGUCCCUUCCUGGUGCCCUGGCAUCAUAUCUAUUGCCAUCUGAUGACUUGGUCUGUCAGAAGCUGUCAGAGGAUAAUGUUCUUAUCACAACAAUCACCACAUUAAUGCCAUUACAUUGACUUAAUACAUUUCUAAGUUUUCUUCAAGCAUCCAGAUAGAAGGCAUCAGUUUUCGUGUAGGCUAUGAUUUAUAUGCUUUUUGUCAGGAUUUUAUAAAUAUAUUGACUAGGUGAAUUUAAAAUAAUAGUUAGAAUGUGAAGGCAGCAAGAGUGCAUAUUUGUUCAGAAAUCCUACCACUGUUGGCAUCCACUACUUCAAACUAUUGGCCGAUGUCCUCUUAAAGUAUCUUUGAUUUUCUAACCCUUCAUUACAUACUAACUCUUGUAAGGUUGUCUAUUCUCCUCCCUGAAUGUUGCUCGAUCCUGGCUGAAAUCUCCUCUAUUGACAAAUAUCUAAAUUAUUUUAUUCAUACUUCUUUCUUUUUGCACUUAUGCACAGAGCUAGGGACUUCGGAGACAUUUUUAUUUGUUAAACAUUAAAUUCACGUGUUAUUUUUUACUCCAAUUUAUUCCACCCAGUGUCAUUGGUACUAGAAGGUCCUAUACUAUCUGCAUUAUGAAGCACCAGUAGAGAGGAAAAAUGUGGCCAUUCUUGGAACCCGAUGAUCAAUAUUGGUCUCAGUUAUAGGGUUGGGAGUGGAUGAGCAGCAAACGAGAUUUCUUUGAAUAUUUGAAUGUUUUUUGUGCUGACGUGUCUCUUAUUUUCUGAUCACCAACAUUUUUCAUUUCAUAUUCAUAUCAUUUCAGGAAUAUUGAUUGCUUGGCAUAAUGUGUCCUCUGAACUUCUCCUUGCAAGCUUGCUUAUUCUUUUAAAUGGGUAUCUUUGUUUAAGUGACAUAUCUGUUUUCUAUUUUAAGGGCAGCUCAUCAGAGACCGCAUGAGCAAAACUUAUUUGGAAUAGUGCAAGGAGGAUUAGAUCCAGUUCUCAGGUGAAUAUACUCUUGUGAUUCAUACUGAAUAAUUACUCUUUUUUCAUGAUUGAAUAUAAAUGUACUUUUAUGUCUACAUAUGUUGGCAUCUGCACCAAGAUGCACUUACCAUGGAACGAUUUUUAAUGUUCGUCUCGUAUGUCUUACUGCCAGAGAUAUAUGCGUCAAGGGCUUGGUUGAGCGUGAUUUACCUGGGUAUGCUAAUCCAUCACAAAUAACUGAGUUAAUACUGUAUGAUUCAUGAGAUUCAUUUAUUUAUAAUUAUAACAGUUUUAAUUGUGAAAGAAACUGAUGCUAGUUACAUCUAUAAACAAAAUUUAAUUCUAAGAAAAGGACUCGAGUUGAAAAUUUAUUUCAAUACUCAUUCAAUAGUGGAUGAAUGAUUAAGGUGUUGAUCCAGGGCCUACACACUAAUUUUCAGAUACUAACAAUUUUCCUUUAGUUUCCGUGCACUGAGGAAGCUCCCCUCUAAUUUCAUGGAACUUAGGCAACCAAUUUUAGAAUUGGAAUUCUGAGGACACUAGAUUCGAACAGCUGUCUAACCUUACACAGUUUUACCCUAUUGAAGAAAGAACUUAUGAUCAUUUCUGCUGAACUGUAUGUAACUCUUACGAUAUAUAUAGGACUGUUUGGGUUUCUCUCCUACUAUCUUUAGAAGUCCUAAAAUUAAGCACGUCCAGAUAAGGCUUAUAAAAAAUGUAAAGUGAAAACAGUAACGGAAAACAGAACUUCCUAAAAGAUCUCCCACAGCCCUAAGUUGUAGGAAGAAUUCAUAUGAAGGAAAGGAGAUAUAUUUAUGAAUAUAUCUCUGUAAACGUCUCACAAAAUUCAUCACCUAUGUAAUAUAUUAAAAGAGAAUUAAAAAAAUACAAAUAAACUAAGCAACCAAUGGAGGUUGAGACCUUUAAAUGUUAAAAAUACGUGAUGAAUGCUCUGAAACUUUCUCUUAUCAUGAGAGAAAUUUGAAUGGUUGUUGGGAUCUUUCUGGCUUUCCUACUGCCGAAUUUUGCAUGCCUGAAAACUAGUUUUGGCCUUUUCUGUGUACAAUUGUUUGUGAGGUGAGAUGUUUUCUUCUUGAGGGUUUGUCACCUGACUUCUAAAAUCAAGCUCCGUGUGUACCUUUCAAUUUAACGUUCACCUCUACUAUUCAACCAUGAUACACUGGAACGGAUUUCCAAUAAAACGUGUUCAACAUUUGCUCAUUUAUUAAGUCAUAAUGUGAUAAUUUGAUAACCAUCAAUAAGAUUUAGUAGAUCACUGUUUUUUUAUCAUCAAAAUAUUAUUGACCUAUAGUCAACGUAAGCUAGGUCCAAUCUGAAUCAUUUGAUUCUAUUUGUAUGUGAAUGAGCAGAUAUACUGUUUAAGAUUAAGUUAAGUAGGAACACUGUUUCGUGUUUCUUCCUUCUGGUGUUGUCAAAUGUGGUCUUUUUUAUAUCAUUUACAGAAAUAUGUAAAAGUUUAUCCCCUCAUUUACAGAAAAUAGCAUUUAACAUCUGAAGUACAGUGAAGAAAUCACUUAUUAGAAAUCUAAGUUCCAACUUACUUUCAAAGGUUUCCGUGGUAAUGCUUGUCCUAGAGAUGCUAAUUGCUUGCUUUUAGGAUAUUUUACUUUUGUGGACACUUCUAUAUCUUCGAAAAGAAACCUCUCCCCUUACGGUUGGAACAUUUCAACGAAUACGCGAAAAAUUGCACCAUCCACAUUUUUUCAAUUUGUAUGCCAUAGUGACGAACAUAGUUCUAUCUGCGGUCUAAUGAGCACAUCUUGAGUGAGUGGCUGUGUUACCUGGGAAGGCUGGUUUAUCAUUUUGACUGGUUUUGCACAUUUUGCAAAGGGUGUGUACCUAACACAUAUGGGAAAUUCAAGAAGGCCAGAGGAUUUUACCUAUGCCACUAAAUGGAAAACGUGAAAAAGAAAUAACCCUGAAUAGUAGACAGCGCACAAUAGGGGGAUUGAGGUUAAUUAGAAUGUCGUAGUUAAUUAAUAGUAAUCUGGCUGGCAGCACAUCUUUAAUGUGUGUUGAUGUUUGGGCAAGAUGUUGGGGCAUGUGAUGAAAAUGUUUUCUAUCUUUUUACUAACCAAGGCAUCAGUAGCUGGCUGUUACUUUUAGGAGUCAUUAAUUUUAGUUGUAUUUGUCCCUAAGGAAUGUUUAAACUUGAUAUACAUACCGUAAUUUAUUCCAAGUGGUUGGUACAUGUGCAAUAAAUGGCGGCUAUCAUAGACUUUCUGCAUAAGCAGGUCAGCUCCAACUCUUUUUAGAAAAAUGAUAGGUAGCUCUUCUCUUUACUAUAAUUACUUACAAACUUUUCCCCUAAUAAACUCCACCCAAACUGUUAAUGUUUUGACCAAUAUUUAAACUUUAGUGAGUCUUCGAGUGGAGCGAAUUAACUUCUAAAGGAGCUAAUCUAUUUGAUUCACAUCUGUGGCAGCUACGCUAUUGGUGGUCUUUCGGGGGGUGAAGACAAAGAUUCCUUUUGGCGUGUUGUUGCACAGUGUACUGCUGCAUUACCUGAGGAUAAACCACGAUACGUAAUGGUGAUGGUUCUUUCAUCCCAACAUAUGUUCAUCUAUACGUGAAAAAGAGACAACCAAGCUUGUAUCUUAUCAGAAACAGGCUUCUCUUGGUCGUCGCAUUGUUCAUUUUCUCUAAUUCUGUAUGGCUCUUGUUCUUCAGGGUGUUGGUUAUCCUCUUGAUAUUGUAGUAUGCAGUGCUCUGGGUGCUGACAUGUAUGACUGUGUGUACCCAACACGAACCGCUCGCUUCGGCACAGCACUCGUACCUGAGGUAGUCUCUUAGUUCUCUUUCAAGUUAAUCAAUCAGGUCUUUCAAAUUUGUUACAUUUGUGUCCCAUACAUGAAAAUAUCAGCAUGCAUUAAAUUGAAGCAUACAAACAUUCACAAGAGGCAACCGAAAGUUUGUGAGGACUGUAGAAAACAUAAACAUAGAGAGGGAUAAUUCCCUAGCCUUUGAUAGAACAGAGAGAAACAAAGGAGGGAGAAAGAAGAAUCCUCUGUCCCAAAGAACAGAGGGAAGGAGUGGCGGAAAGACACCUCAAGUCUUUCUCUCACCCACUAGGUCCCAUAAUAGGAACAAACCCUAACAAUGAAUUUCCCAAAAUACCCUUUAAUCUAAUUACCCUUACGCCUUCUAACAAGCACCAUGCAUAUUACGCAAGUCCCAAAUGUCACAGUAAUGCAUAGUAAGAAACAUUUCCAAGUGCAAAGGAGUGAAAGUUGAGAUUGACUUAAAUAAGUAGAGAAACGAAAGUCCUUUAGUCAACUACCACAUGCUGCGCGGCUACAUUGAUUUUGGGUCCCUUAGAUUGCCUAGUGGCUACUUUCAGACCAAUACAACACAGCUCCCCCUUACAAACCAACACCCCCACCUUCCCUUCCUCCCAAUAGGUCCUACCCUGACCCAUAACAUUUUCCCAAAGCACGUGACGUUUCCUCAUCUGCCUUUCUUGGCUUCCUCAGCUACCCCGUGUUCCCCCCUCCCUUCGCUACCUCCACGCGUGCAGUCAUUCUGUUGUAGCUUCUUCUCAAGGCAGUAGUAUUGACAAGAAUUAAACUGAUGGACUGGCAUGGCCUGUGAGGGAGGAACUCAUAGCAAACGGUAGGUACGUUUUGGGGGACUAAGAGCCAAUGAAAACUAAUGAAGGUUUCUUUCCUGUAGACCGGUUUAUUGUGACCUAAAACCAAUAAGCAUAUUUUAUAAACAUGGCUAGACAAGUGAACUAAUUGAGUGAGAUGACUGGCUAAGAACCCACACGUAUCAUUCCAUUGGUGAUGUGCCAUAUGAAAUUUUGUCAGCUGCAUCUUGUCGCAUCUUUGUUACAGAAGUUGUAAUCUCUAUAUGCUUUAUUCUAAAAGUGGGGUUUGACUUUUUGUUGUGGAUGCCUGCUUUUUUUCUCGAUCUUAAGGGGUUUGGGGUGAUAGCAUGGGUCUGUUUUUCUACCUUCGUGCAGACCGUCUAAGCUCCCCCAAUCAUAUACUGGACGAAUAUUGGGAUAGGAUAAGUGAAAAAUUAAGAUCCUUGUCCUGUUUUAUUUCUUUCCCAGGGUGUGUUGAAACUUAAACACAAGGUAAUGGCCAAUGAUGAACGGCCUAUUGACCCUACAUGCUCAUGCAUGGUAAGUUGACUUCAUCAGAAAUUCUCGAAUGUCAACGCUCCUUCUCUUUUACAUGAUGGGAUUCUGCUUACCUCCUGCUUCAUAGGUAUGCAAAACUUACACGAGGGCUUACCUACAUUGUCUCGUAACCAAAGAUGCUCUGGGUUCUCAACUCCUCUCAUAUCAUAAUCUGGCAUAUAUGAUGAGGGUACAGUGGAAUCUCCUCAUGUAUCGCUGUCUCAUGUUUAUUUCCUGGUUAACUAAUGAUCACUCUCUCUGUCUCUUCCUGCAGCUUAGCAAGGAGCUGCAUCUGUCCAUAGUUGAAGGGCGAUUCCCAGAGUAUGUCUUCUCUCUUCCUUCGCUACCAGUGAAAUGAGUUUUAUAUCUAGUUUAAUAUAACUGACUGAACGAUGGCUUUCUCUCUGGUUGUCUCCUUACUAGUUUUGUGCGGGAGUUCCUGAAGGCACAGGUACUGUAAGACCCACUCUUUUCUCGUAUGACAACCAAGCCCUCAAACAAUGCCUGUUUCUUACCAAUGUUUGCUGGCAGAACGCCUUUUAGGGAAAAUGUUAUUGUGGAAUCAGCCACUUUAGUUCAUUUAUAGAGAGAGAGAGAGAGAGAGACAGUGAGACAGAGACAGACAGAGAAGGUGACGGAGACAGAGACAGAGACAGAGACAGACAGAAGAGAGAGACAGAGAAGGGGAGAGAGAGAGAGAGAGGGAGGGAGGUCCCAAGUUAGCAAAUAUAGUAUGUUUUUGGAGUGGAAAAGCUCUUCACAACCAAUGUUAAAAAACCCAUCCCAAUCUUCUCACAAUGAUCAUUACUAUAUUCAUCUCAUGCCAGUGGUGUCCCCCCUAAACAUCAGAGUUUUUUCCUUAUUUCGUCUUGUAGUUCCCCAGGGGCGACGUCCCAGAAUGGGUCUGCAACGCCAUGGAGGUUGCCGGGAUCGACAUAUCCUCCUGCUGUGCUCACUUAUCUGCACCCGUCUACAAGGCCUCGGCCAUCCCCAAUUGCUGA